CGAUUUUCAGACAAUGACAAUUCUGGCAAGAUUCUGGCAAACAAAUGUUUUUCAAAAUAAAAUAAAACUGUAAACAACAGAAAUAGCUAAAUAAAACAACGAUUUGAGAACAGGUUACUAUGCCUUUUGCCGUUCGUUGCAGAAUUAAACUUAUUUAAUAAUUAGGAAAAUUCUUCAUGAAAUAACUUGUUAUAAAAACAUGAAAGUGAAGCACGGUUACUACGAUGUUUUUGUACGGACUUGUGCCAGAUCUCCGUCGAACAUCGCCGUGAGACAUUACCAAAAUGGUGUCUACAAGACCUACUCAUACUCGGAACUGUACGGCGUGUGCGAGUACAUGUCGCAAAUCUUGCAGCAGCUGCACUGCAACAGGGGCAUCAUCGGCUUGGUGUCGGAGAGAAAUGUCAUCAUUCCCUGCAUUAUUGCCGCGGCCCACAAAUGCUCCACCACAUUCAUGUUCCUAGACCCAACACAAGAUUUAGAAAACUUCACCAAAGAAAUCAAAUUUAGAAUGGUUAUAACAGUUAGUGAUAAAGACACUGAAAUUUCACUAUCACUCUUUAGUAAAGAGCCUGUGAAAACUGUAGAUGUGUUCAAUUUAAACAUAAACUUUUAUAGCUUUGAUCAAAAUUCAAAUGUUCAUUUACCUGAAUACUCCUUCAUUACCAUGACUUCUGGAAGUACUGGACAACCAAAACACAUCCAGGUGCCAAUACAAUGCAUUCAACCAAAUGUGGAUGACUUGACAAAAUUAUUCAGGAUCACUUCACAAGAUAUAAUAUAUUUCUCGACUCCACUCACCUUUGAUCCAUCUAUGAUAGAAAUCCUGCUAGCCUGUAUAAAUGGAGCUUCAUUACUCAUUGCACCAGAAAAAGCUGACAUAUUGUUUCCCAGCAAUCCUCGAAACUCCAUUACUUUUUGGCAAGUGACACCUUCAAGGUUUUUCCAAUUUUCUAAUGCUGAUAUAAAGAACAAAAUAUUGGGUCCAAAUUCAACACUAAGAAUUUUAGCUUUGGGUGGAGAACCUUUAAAUGGUGUCAAAAGGUUGAUAGAACUGAAGCAUUGGGAGAAUAAAACUCAAAUAUUUACAUUGUAUGGAGUAUCAGAAAUGUCCUGUUGGGCAUGCGUGGCUCAUUUGAAUCUCAACCGAAUCUUAACAGACAGGGAGGUGCCUCUUGGGGACUGCCUCUCAGAGACACAGAUCAUAGUAGAACCUGACAAAAAUGAUAAAAAUACUGGGAAAAUAUUAUUAGUUAGCAAAUCCAGAAAGUGUAUUAUUUUGAACUCUUCCCAUGGAAAUGAAGAAAACUCAUUAAGAUUUAUUGACACUGGAGAUAUGGCCGAAGUUAAAAAUGGCACAAUCUACUAUAGAGGGCGCAGAGAUGAUGUUGUUAAACGAUUUGGCCAUAAAAUUAACUUGCAGUUUAUUGAAGCAACUAUUAUGCAAUGUCCAAGAAUAAAAACAUGCUCAUGUGUUUGGCUUCCCAAACCGAGGCUUCUAGUUGUCUACUUUUCCUCAGAAACAAUGUCCAGUCAGGAAGUGUCAGAUUUCUUAAAGUGCAAACUUGAUGAUAAACAUUGGCCUGACAAAAUAAUAAGGGUCACUAAUAUGCCAACUAAUCCCCAUGGUAAAAUAUCCAAAUUAAUAAUAUCUAAGUUGUAUGAGAGUAUGGUAAAGGUGCCACAGACUUCACACUCUUUGAGAGCAAGCUUCUUGCAAGAAGUGCAAAGUGUAUUGAGUUCAAAUGUAGUUUAUGAAGAUAUAAAAAGUAAGGAUUUCUUCGCGAUCGGCGGCACAUCUUUCUUGGCCGUCGCAAUGUGCAACAAACUGUCUCAAACAUGCCCAAAGUUCGGCAAAUUAAUUCUUCCAUAUUUGAUGUCGCAAAGGCUGAGUAUUGAAGAAAUAAUGCAGAUAGCGGAAAAGGAAAUCUGUGUGAUCGAUCGAAAGGUAAAGAAACGAACUAAGCGUUCCAGAUCUGACAUGACUAGCCAAAUAACUUUGACCUCGUCAUUAAAGAAGGCUUAUAUGGAAGACGUAGCAGACCCUAUGGAAUUUAUUGUGCAAUGGACCUAUGACACAGGGAAAUGUGUUGAUGCUUCACCAGUAUUAUAUCAAACAGCACGCAACCUGUACGUGGUGGUGGGCAGCCACUCGGGCAAGAUCGUGGUAGUGGACGCGAUGUCGGGCUCGGCACGCGGCGUGCUGGGCGUGCGCGCGCGCGUGGAGGCGCGCGCGCUCUGCUUCCAGAGCGACCACAAGCACGCGCGCGCUGUGGUAGGAGCACACGACGGCACCAUCGUCUGCUUCAGUCUGGAAGACUGCAAGGAGGUGUGGAAGACCUGCAUCGGCUCUAUGGUCAAAAGCAGGCCGGUCAUUUGUCACGAAGUUGUCUAUGUGGCCGCUUAUGACGGCAAGAUACACUGUUUUGAUAAAAUGUCGGGCAAAGCCAAAGCGGAGAUAACGAUCGUGGACCAAGCGAUAUCAGCGGACUUGGUGCUCGCGAAGAACGAGUUCAUUCUGGUGGGGUCGCUGUCGGGGAUCUGCGCAUGCGUGCACGCGCGCACCAACGCCGUCACGUGGCGCGGCGCACUGUCCUCGCCCGUGUUCGCGAGCCCCGUGCUCUACGACAAGGACAAGUACGUCGUCUUCGCCGAAGUCAACGGCGAGAUACACUGCCGGACCGUGGAGAAGGGGAUUAAGAUAUGGAAAUACCAAGGUGCCAAAGGAAACGUAUUCUCGUCACUUUACAUCAGGGAAGUAGACAAGCUGAAAUGGCAAAUGAUAUUUGGCUGCCACGACUGCCAUGUGUACAGUAUCCUGAUAAAAAACUUCCAGCCAGCUUUGUCUUGGAGGACGGAGCUGCCGUCGCCUGUGUACGCGACGCCUUGCGGCUUGAACCAUAAGUUGGUUCUAGCGGCCGCCACCAACGGGAAGAUAUGCGCCUUAGACUGCGACAGUGGCGCCGUCGCCGCCGAACGCCUUCUACCCAAUGAAAUCUUUUCAUCUCCUGCUGUUUACGGCGACUAUGUAUUUAUUGGCUGCCGAGAUGAUAACUUGUAUUCUUUGAAAUAUGUUGUGAACUUUUAAAUUGUACAUAUAAUGUACUGUGAUAUCUUAAUUAAGAUUAUCUGUGAUUGAGAACACUAUUUAACAAACAAGUGAAAUAAAACAAUGUUUAUUAUUA